GCUCCUACGGGCUGUAGAUGGAGCUGUCCGGCCCCGGCGAGGGGGAAGGCGCCUGGAAAACGUUCUUCUUCUCCCUGGCCGGCCCGAGCGGGGAACAGCGCUCCCAGGAUGCAGUUUGUGUCAACACGGCCGCAGCCUCAGCAGCUGGGCAUCCAGGGCCUGGGGCUGGACAGCGGGAGCUGGAGCUGGGCGCAGGCUCUGCCCCCGGAGGAGGUCUGCCACCAAGAGCCGGCGCUGCGCGGGGAAAUGGCCGAGGGAAUGCCGCCCAUGCAGGCUCAGGAAUGGGACAUGGACGCCCGGCGACCAAUGCCUUUUCAGUUCCCACCCUUCCCAGAUAGGGCACCCGUCUUCCCCGACCGCAUGAUGAGAGAGCCCCAGCUGCCCACGGCAGAGAUCUCUCUCUGGACCGUGGUGGCCGCCAUCCAGGCUGUGGAGAGGAAGGUGGAUGCCCAGGCCAGCCAGCUGCUAAACCUGGAGGGCCGGACGGGGACGGCCGAGAAGAAGCUGGCCGACUGCGAGAAGACGGCCGUGGAGUUCGGGAACCACAUGGAGGGCAAGUGGGCGGUGCUGGGGACCCUGCUGCAGGAGUACGGGCUGCUGCAGAGGCGGCUGGAGAACAUGGAGAACCUGCUGAGGAACAGGAACUUCUGGGUCCUGCGGCUGCCCCCGGGCAGCAAGGGCGAGGUCCCCAAGGUUCCGGUGACUUUUGUAGACAUUGCUGUUUACUUCUCUGAGGACGAGUGGAAGAACCUGGAUGAAUGGCAGAAGGAGCUUUACAACAACCUGGUUAAGGAGAACUACAAAACCCUGAUGUCCCUGGACUCGGAAGGUCCAGUGUCCAAGCCAGAUGCUCCACCCCAGGCCGAGCCCCGGGAAGAGCCUUGCGUGUGGGAGCAGCGUGACCCCGAAGAGAGAGAAAUCCUGAUGGAUCCAGACACAGGAGCAGAGCCCCUGGCGCCUGCACAGGACACGUCCUCUCAGGUGAAGCGGGAGGAGGCGCUGUGUGCCCGGGGCCAGCGGGGCCUGGAGGAAAGAGCCAUCCCCACAGAGUCCAUUACCGACUCACCAGCUUCUGCCCAAGACCUCCUGUCCCGGAUCAAACAGGAAGACCCCCCGUGCGUGUGGGCUCAGCAGGAGUUGGCGGAGAGGGACAUUCCAACGGACCCCAACUCAGAGUCUCUGAUCUCCGCACACGACAUCUUGUCAUGGAUAAAGCAGGAGGAGCAGCCGUACCCGUGGGGCCCUCGCGACGCCAUGGAAGGAGAGCUCGGAUUAGAUUCUGGCCCUGGUGACAGCCUGCUGAUGGUGAAGAACCCGCCCCCGGCCCCGCCGCAGCCCCCGCCCGCCCCGCAGAGCCUGCCCCCGCUGCCGGCGCCCCCCGAGGACGCGGGCGGCCCCCCGAGCCGCGGCGGGGGCGGGCUGCUGGACGACGGCUUCCCCGCGCUGCCUGGCGAGCGGGGCGCGGGCGGGGCGCAGGCGGGCGGCCAGGCGGGCGGCGGCGGGGCCGCGGGGGGCGCGGGCGGGGGCCCAGGCGGGGGCGGCGGGGGCUGCGGCAGCUGCUGCCCGGGCGGCCUCCGCCGGAGCCUCCUCCUGCACGGCGCGCGCAGCAAGCCCUACUCGUGCCCGGAGUGCGGCAAGAGCUUCGGUGUGCGCAAAAGCCUCAUCAUCCACCACCGCAGCCACACCAAGGAGCGGCCGUACGAGUGCGCCGAGUGCGAGAAGAGCUUCAACUGCCACUCGGGCCUCAUCCGCCACCAGAUGACGCACCGCGGCGAGCGGCCCUACAAGUGCUCCGAGUGCGAGAAGACCUACAGCCGCAAGGAGCACCUGCAGAACCACCAGCGGCUGCACACGGGCGAGCGGCCCUUCCAGUGCGCGCUGUGCGGCAAGAGCUUCAUCCGCAAGCAGAACCUGCUCAAGCAUCAGCGCAUCCACACCGGCGAGCGGCCCUACACGUGCGGCGAGUGCGGCAAGAGCUUCCGCUACAAGGAGUCGCUCAAGGACCACCUGCGCGUGCACAGCGGCGGCGGACCGGGCCUCGGGGCCCAGCGGCCCCUCCAGGCGCCGCCAGAGCGAGACUAGGGUUGGGCCGGGGGAGGGAAGGGCCCGGCGGCAGGAGCAGGGGGCGGGGGCGAGCCUGGGGGCAUCCUGAGGCCCCACCAUCCGAUCCUGCUCUUGGUUCUCGGGGCGCCUUCCCUCCCUCUACCCGCCACCUGCUGGAAGUCGGGAACAGGAAUUGCACUCCAGAUGGGGUCCCCUGAGUGUGGGGCAGGGGUACCCUAGACCUGUCCGGCCUGAAUGGACAGCCCAGCUCUUCUCAUAGGGUGGACCAAGGGGGCCGGCGCAGGGAAGGUGCCGGAAGGACAGCGGGUAGGUCCCUCUUCCGGCACCCCCCCUCAGACACCUAGCGUGCCCAUUGGGCCUCUGGGGUCACAGAUUGUGAUCAGGGGAAACCACCAGGGAGUCUCGGAACCCUUCUGAGAUAAAGAAAUAGGUCCUAAAGUUAAGAGACCCUAAAAAAGGAAGCGAAGGUGUCCUGGUGAGAGGAGGGACGUGCUAAGGGAUGGAUCUCCGUGAUGACAACACUGCCUCGCGUUUGAAUAGCGCUUUAUACUUUUUUAAACACGUUUUCUAUCCGUUAUCUAUUUUCACCCUUAGCCUAUCCCUCUGAGGUACGUGGGGUAGGAUUUUCCUGACUUGAUAGCUGAGGAAAGUGAGACACAGGUGAGAUGGUUUGCCCGAGAUCACACAGAAGAGAGUGGCAGGGCUGGGACCAGAGCCCUGCCCCCAGCGCAGUGUCCCCACCACACACACUGCCUACCUCUGGCAUGUGAGAGACCUCUCUGGCCUGGUCUCUCUCCUCUCUCUUUCCCCUGACCCACCAAAAAUAAUCAGAAGCAACAGGGGCCAACUCAUGGGGUUACUGGGAAUGGGGAAUAGAUUGACUAGAAAAUACCCGGGGUUGUGCUUCCAAAAGGUUCUUCCUGUGUGGGCACUGCUGGGCGGGAGGGACGGCCCCCGGCCCCCAGCCUGUCCCUCCCACCUCCAGUCCCUCUACCUGGUGCAGCAGCAUCUUUCCACUGCACAGCAGUGACCUGGCCCUCCAGAGGCAGCUAGCACCCUGGCUCAGACCUCAUCCUGAUGAUUUAUUCGUUUCCCAGGGCACAGGGGUGAGGGAGAGGCUCUUGCUGCAAGAGCAGCUAUCAAGGAAGUGAGUCUCUUCCCAGGAGGGCCAGGGCCAGUAGGUGCUAGUGUCUGAGAGCCUCAGUCUCUCUCCUGCCCUGAGCCUCCCAACUGGUGCUGUCUGUUAACCGACCAUGCUCGUGGACAUGGACACAGACCCUCCUCUGCUCCAGACCCUGCAGGCGCCUCGGGAGGCGCCCAGAGGACUCCCCGUGUCAGUACAUCUGCUCUGUGGUCCUGAUGGGCCACAGCCUCCCUAUCUGCGUCUUGCAUGGCCAGGCACUGGGGUGGGGUGGCACGCCCCAGGACCCUUGUUUGUGUCAAGAAUGACUUCCGCUCCUGCCAUCGAUCCCACUUCUCUCCCAGCUGGGGAGCACAUGUGUGAGCGCUCUGCUUCUGCCCUUCCCCUCAUCUGUGCCGCUCUGCUUUCCUCAGACCCCUUUUUGCCGUGCAAAGGGAAUUCUUGAAAUUAAAUAAAAGGUGUCCAGAUUGCAGGCUGCAUGUUCACAAGGCCGGAGGGCUCUCCAGCGUGGCUUCGUACAGUAAACCCUCAAUGAACUGGAAUCCAGCUAACUGGGAUUUUUUCCCCCCUUUAUUCUGCUUUUUGAAGGAGGCAAAUCUUAAGAAAAUGAGAAGUUAAAUAUAGACAAGCUCAAUGGAGUUCUGUUGGAGCAGAAGGGGACCCUCUAGUCCAUUGUACUGGUUGGGAGGCAGCAGUAUUCUGCUUUUCAAAAGCAUGUGGAGAAAAUCAACAUUUUCAUAACCUAAAUCAUGGGAAGUAAGGCCAACAGUUUUUUUUGUUUGUUUGUUUGUUGCUUCUUUGGGCUGUUAAGAGUAUGAAGGAGGGGGAGAAAUCCCUACUGAGACAUGGGUUUGAAACAUUUGAGCCCAUAGCUCGAGUCUGUCCCUUUAUUUUACCUUUGAGGAGCUGAUUCCCAAAGAGGUUUAGUGACGGAUGAGUGAGAGAGCCACGGCCAAGUUUCUGGUUUCUCGCGUCCUAGUCUGGUGGACCCCACGCACCAAGUGCCCCUCGGUUAUGCCACAAGUCAACCCAGCCUCCAGCACCAGCCCCUGGGGGAGUCCUAGAGUGAGCUCUAACCCCCCCCCCGGAGCUGAGCGAAGGUGGUGACACUCAGUGUGGACCUCCCCCAGGCAGCGAGGAUCCUCAGUGUGGACCCUGCAGUCCACUUACCGAAGCAGGACGGCGGUCCUACUUUGGGGGUGGAUUUUUAUUUUCCUCCCGAUAAUGUGUUAAUUAAAAGUAUUUUAAUUAAAAGAUUAAUGCAUGCAGUAAAAAUCGGUUUAAAAAAUAA